CCAAGCGCCUCCAUGAAGAGCCCGGGGCACUGUGCCUGGGACGGGGGCUCCUCCGGCAGCUGCUUUGAAGGGGUCCGGUCGGUGUGCUUCGUGUGCCCGCCUUGCUCUGAAGCCCUCCCGCAUCGCCCCCAUUUCCCGGAUUUGAGCAACCUGAGGGCCCGUAACUGUCCCGUCCCGUCCCCCAGCCCCCGGGAUGGGGUUUCGUCUACGGAAGGGCUGCUGCUGCUUGCCGCUGCUGCCGCCCCCCUCCUCCUGCGGGGGCCCCGCCUGGCCUGCCGCCCAAGGGAUGUGCGACUCGGCUGCCCGGAGAAGAUGACUCAGAGCCACGUGGGCAUCAACAGGGACUAUGGCAACUGGGAGUGGAGCCCCGCUGAUGCCGGCGAGCGGGCCAGGCUGUUGCAGAGCCCCAGCGCGGAGGAGCCCCGGCCGGCCACCACCUCCAUGCUGGGUGCCGUCUUCAUCGUCGUGAACGCCGCGCUUGGUGCGGGCCUGCUCAACUUCCCAGCAGCCUUCCAGAUGGCCGGCGGAGUGGCCGCUGGAAUCGCCAUGCAGACGGGGCUCCUGCUCUUCAUUAUUGGUGGGCUGGUCGUCCUGGCCUACUGUUCCCAGGCCAGUAACGAGCGCACCUACCAGGAAGUGGUAUGGGCUGUUUGUGGCCGAGUCCUGGGGGUGCUGUGUGAGGUGGCCAUCGUGGUCUACACCUUUGGCACCUGCAUCGCCUUCCUCAUUAUCAUCGGGGAUCAGCAGGACAAGAUCAUUCCAGUGCUGGUAAAGAGCUGUGCCACAGAAGGGAGGAGCUGCUGGUUCACGGAUCGCAAAUGCACGAUCAGCCUCACAGCCAUUCUCUUCAUCCUUCCACUGUCCGUCCCCAAAGAAAUUGGCUUCCAGAAAUAUGCCAGCUGCUUGAGUGUGAUCGGGACCUGGUACGUCACAAUUGUCGUCAUUAUAAAGUAUUUUUGGCCUGACCAGGUGAUCUCCCCAGAGAUAAUCACAACCAGCCGCCCUUCUUCCUGGGUGUCUGUUUUCAACGCCAUGCCCACCAUUUGCUUUGGUUUCCAGUGCCACGUCAGCAGUGUGCCCAUCUUCAACAGCAUGAAGUGCCCGCAGGUAAGGACCUGGGGAGUCGUCGUGACGGCAGCCAUGGUCAUCGCCCUCUUUGUCUACAUGGGCACAGGCGUCUGUGGCUUCCUGACCUUCGGUGAGAGUGUGCAGCCGGACGUGCUCCUCUCCUACCCCUCGGACGACAUCCCGGUCGCCUUCGCGAGGGCCUUCAUCAUCCUCUCGGUCCUGACUUCCUACCCGAUCCUGCACUUCUGUGGAAGAGCCGUCCUGGAAGGUCUCUGGCUGCGCUACAAAGGGGAAAGCAUGGAGGAAGACACGAGCCGGGAGAGACGCCGACGCCUAUUGCAGACCUUCUGCUGGUUCCUCCUCACCCUCCUCCUGGCCUUGUUCAUUCCGGACAUCGGCAGGGUCAUCUCGGUCAUUGGGGGGCUGGCCGCCUGCUUCAUCUUUGUCUUCCCAGGCCUCUGCCUCAUCCACACCAAGCUUUCCGAAGUUCAGGGAGCUGGAGGAGUGAGCUGGUGGAUGGUGGUCGGCUACGGGAUAUUCAUGGUUGUCCUCGGCGCUUUCAUCUUCGGACAGACAACGGCUAACGCCAUCUCCUUGGAUCUCAGGAAGUGACCCACCAACUCCACUCCACUGGAUCUGGACAGUCCCCUGGGGACUUUUAAGCAGCCAAAUUAUUGGAACCUCCAGACCUCAGCAUUGACAAAGCAGGAGGGUCCUUCUCUUUCUCUGGUCAAAUCACUGCUCUGGUUUCCAGUUGCCGUUGGAUGAGGGGCUGUUGGCUUUUACCUGUUGCCCCCCCCCCCCCCCCACACACACACCCAAAAGAAAGAGGCCUGUGGACUUCAGCCGCUGAGGAGGAGGAGGUCUCUUCAUUUAGCCGGGGAGAUCAGCUGCUCUGCUUGGACCAAGGAUGGAAUAAAGUGAAUGCAUUUGAUUGGGAUGGUUGUGACAUCAGAUAUGUGAAGGUUGCUUGCAAGUCAGCAUGUGAGAAGUGCAUUGAGCAAUUUUAGUGGGGAAAAGGAUCCGUCUCCACAUUAAGCUGCUUUUGCUUUUUGUGUCUGGAACUGAAUCUUGCAAAACAAAACAAA